UUUGCUUAUGGAAAACAGUGUGACAUAUUAUGCUGUGCUUUACCACAGAAUAAACAAAAAUCUAUUCGCAGGAAACCGAAGAAACAGGCAUAUUAGUGAAUAAUUAUUACAGCUGAGCGUGCUCUCAAGAUGCCAUUUUGACAAGCUGGUGGCUGCUGCUGCCACGAGCUGAUCUGAGAGGGUGGAAUGCAGAGUGAUAAUGCUGCAUAUCUGCUAACAGCAGUGGAGUAGGAUUUUUGACUUGUAAAGGCAAGGUUUCUUUGCAACGUUAUCUCAACAGCUCGCUAGCUGCUCAGAGUGAAAGCUGCUGACCCAAAAGAAGGGUGUUGCCCUCUCUCAACAUUGUUCUUGUGCACUGCUGUUUUAUAUGAGCAGGCGCUGCUGAAGAAGCAGGUGUGCAGUUCAGAUGGGCUCUGUAUUGUAGGCUGUACAAACCAGGUUUACAUGCUUCCUAUUAAAAGAUUGUUGGCUUAGGAGCAUCUGCCUGUGGACUUAUUCCUAGAAGGAGGCUACCGUACAUCUCAGCUUAUGUGAAAGAGUUCUAAUAUAUCUCUUUUGAGAUGGGAUGACCGGAACUGCACACAGUAUUCAAGAUCAUUUGUGUAUAAGUUGAACAGCAUUGGUCCCAGUGCAGAUCCUUGGGGGACCCCACCAUUCACCUCUCUCCAUUCUGAAAACUGAAUAUGUAUUCCUACACAUUGUUUCCUAUCUUUUAACCAAUUACUGAUCUCUGAGAGCAACUUCCCUCUCAUCCUAUGCCUGCUUCCUUUGCUUAAGAGCCUUUGGUGAAGGACCUUAUGAAAGGCUUUCUGAAAGUCCAAGUACACUAUAUCCAUUGGAUCACUCUUGGUCACAAGUUUGACCCCCUCAAAGAAUUCUAAUAGAUUGGCAAGAUUCCUGUAUUUGACUUAAACUUAAACCUUUGGAGUGCAAACCUUCAAAAAAGGCUAAAUAAACAAGAUCUGCAUGUACAAGGGCAGAAGCACUUACUUCCUCUGCACUUGAGAAACAGCCAAGCUGGUCCGUCCGGAAAACUGAAGACUUUUAUAACAAAACCUCCAGUGUCAAAAUGAAUACAGAUAGCGGUGGCUGUGCUCGCAAACGUGCUGCAAUGUCUGUCACAUUAACAGCUGUGAAGAGAGUUCAAAGUUCUCCAAACCUAUUGGCUGCAGGACCUGAUUCUCAGUCUCCAGAUUCAGCUUGGACAUCUUACAAUGAUGGAAGUAGAGAGACAUUGAAUGGAGAUGCUAGUAGUUCAUCUCUUGCAGCAAAAGGCUUUAGAAGUGUCCGGCCAAACCUACAAGAAAAGAAGUCGCCAACUCAGGCACCUCUGCCACCCCCUAGAAAAGAAAGUUUUCAUAGAUCUGGAAUAACUAAUCACAUGAAGGAUGAAAUUAAUUUCCAGUCAAUAACGACCAAGCCAACUAAAAAACUCCCCUCAGAUACUGUCUACUAUACUAACAAGGAGGCUAUCCAGAGGACAAUGUAUUCUAAAAAAUCUAACACAGGCGUCUCCUAUGCACAAAGAAUCACUAAACCACUGGCCUCAGUCUCCAACACAAGCACAGCAGUAGCUGGCAUUAGAGCUACUCUUCAUCAAGGCCACAGACAAGCAUCUCAAAAACGCAGAGUUUCUACCCUGAAAUUAACCCGGACACAAGACUCACUGAGUAAUGUUCCUCGUAAUACACAGCAGCAGCCCAAGUCUAAUGAAGUGCCAACAUUUCCACAAAGGCCUGUUUCACCCACCUGUAACCCUGUGCCUGAGAUACACACAGCAUCUCUUUCCAUUCAGAUAGCUCCCCUCCUUGACAAUAAAGCAGAGCCUGAAAUCCAAGAACAUCCACCUAGGCUUUUUCCAGACAAUCUACAGAUGCCUCCAAAAGAUGUGGGACAAAAGUCUACAGCUCCUUCUUCUGCACAGUCCACAGAAUGCAAUGUGCUUGGAAACCAGAAAAUAACUGCCAAUGUGAUGGAGGUAAAUGCUUCACAGACACACAGACAAACAGCAACAGAAGUUUCUUCACUGCCUCCUCCUUCCGUGGUACCAGUUAACAGAACCUCUUUCUCACCAGACAGUGGCACCCACCUAGCAUCAUUUAUUUUGCCAACGCUUGAUGAUUUUUUGCCUUCACGCUUUUAUAAAACCCUGGCCCUCUCACAUUUUUCAUAUAAAUACCCUUUCCUAGCUCCUGAAAAUACUAUCCACAGGAAUGAAACAGCCUCUGUAAUCACAGACUCUGCCAUGAGUGAGUACUCCUCUCGCACAGUGAGUGAGUCCUCCACAGCCAUUCUAGAUGAGCUGCAGACUUGUAACUAUGAUACUACUGACUGUUCUGAAACACCUUCCCCAACCUUGAGCCAGAUGUCUGCUGUGUCAGAUGGCACCACCUUAACCACCACUGCUGCCACUUCUCAUGCCCAGAUAACAGUGAAUGGGAACUCUGGCACUGCUGCCAGUCCAAUGAGUCACUUUCAAAGGCCUUUUUCCCCUUCUUCAGCUUACUCUCCACCAGCUUCACUCAAUUCAAACAUUAUCAUGCAGCAUGGCAGGAAGAUGGACUCCACAGAGACAUACUCACAGUAUGGUCAGUCUGUUGGCAGCAGCACCACUCCCAGUACAAUACCAAUCUGUAGAUCUUCAGAGGAAGAGAAGAAAGUCACAGUCAUUAGAGCACCACAUUAUGCAGGGAUUGGCCCGGUAGAUGAAUCUGGAAUCCCAACAGCAAUUAGAACGACAGUUGACCGGCCAAAGGAUUGGUAUAAGACAAUGUUUAAGCAAAUCCAUAUGGUUCACAAGCCUGAUGACGGCACAGACAUGUAUAAUGCUGCGUAUGCAUAUAAUGCUGGUAGUUACAGCCCAUCCCUCCCCGCUCAGUCACACCCUGCUGCAAAGACACAGACAUACAGACCAUUGUCUAAAAGCAUUUCUGACAAUGGCACUGAUGCCUUUAAGGUCUCUUCCCCGAUACCUCCUCCACAUGUACCACCUCCAGUCCCACCGCUUCGUCCAAGAGAGAGGUCUACACCCGAAAAAAAUGACUGGGAUCCUCCUGACAGAAAAGUAGAUACCCGCAAAUUCCGUUCUGAACCAAGAAGUAUUUUUGAAUACGAGCCGGGGAAAUCAUCAAUUCUUGAACACGAAAGACCGACUGAUCACAUAAACCCAGAUGACAUAGAUUUAGAAAAUGAACCCUGGUAUAAAUUCUUUUCAGAACUGGAGUUUGGAUGUCCGCCUCCUAAAAAGCUUUUGGACUAUGUUCAAGACAAUUCUCCCGGUGUUUCCAAUGAGACCUCCUUAUAUCACCCUUCUCCAGACAAAGGCCUGGACAGACCUUCUAGUUCUGCAAGUGACUACAGAAAAAGGAGGAAGUCGGAGCCUGCUGUAAGUCAUCAGAGGGUGCACAGUGAUCAAAAUGCAAACAGGACUAGCCUGGGCCAUGCAGAUAUGCAGGGCACAUACACUACCCUUAGAAAGCCUUUAACUAGCUCUUCUCCUUCUUCUCCAUCAAGAGCAAAAGGUGGAGAUAUUAGCCAAGUGUAUCCAUCCCUUUUCAGUUAUUCAGUGCACAACCACAACACUUCAAAUGAAUUAGAUUAUUGUAGCUCUUAUAGACAGCAUUUGGCUGUUCCAAGUGAUUCAAGAAGGGCAAUCCAUUAUAAGAAUGGCUGGCAAAUGACUCGUCAGAAUGCAGAAGUCUGGAGCAGCACAGAAGAAACUGCCUCUCCCAAGCGGAAAUCUCGUAGCUGCGAUGAUCUGUUAACUGAUGAUCACGAUAGCUUUCCUGAUGCACAGGCCAAGUCUGAAAGUAUGGUAUCUCUCAUUUGCGAGGAGGAUUCCAAAGGCAGUUGCUCAUUGACCUGGGCCUCCCCAUAUGUUCCUGAGAGCCGCGGUACUAGUCGGUCAAGAAUUCGUCAUAGAUCUGCACAUGAUACCCCAGGAUUCCUAAAAAUGUAUAAGAAGAUGCACCGCAUCAAUCGCAAGGACUUGAUGAAUUCUGAGGUGAUUUGUUCUGUAAAGUCCAGAAUAUUACAGUAUGAAAAAGAACAGCACAAAGGUAUGCUUCAGGGCUGGAGAGAGUCUUCUACUGAGGAGGUGCCCAGGGACAUGGUGCCUACCAGGAUAUCCGAAUUUGAAAAAUUAAUUCAAAAAUCAAAAUCAAUGCCGAAUUUAGGUGAUGAAGCAUUAUCGACAGUAACACUAGAGCCUCCUAAAAAUGGCUUAUGUUCAAAGCGGCGAUUUUCUAUUGAGUCCCUGCUGGAGGAGGAAAAUCAAGGUAGACAUGCCAUUCAAAUACAACGCAACUGCAAGCCUAAAACUCUGGUGCCAAUUCAUAUUGAAGUGACCAGUGAUGAACCACAAAGAUCGCAUCUGGAGUUUUCUGACAGUGAUCAAGAUGGAGUGGUCUCUGACCUCAGUGACUUUAUCCAGAUAGAAGGCUCAUCCUUUUGUAGUGAAAGUGACUUUGACCACUUUUCCUUUACAUCUUCUGAGAGUUUUUAUGGAUCAGGCCACCAUCACCAUCACCACCACCACCACCACAAGCAUCUCAUCAGCUCCUGCAAGGGGCGAUGCCCAGCAUCCUACACCCGCUUCACCACCAUGUUAAAGCAUGAAAGGGCUAAACAGGAAAGUACUGAAGAUCCAAGGAGACAAGAAGCAGAAUCUGGCCUCUCUAAGAUAGCAUUCCUAGUCAGUCCAGUGCCUUUCCGGAGGAAAAAAAGUUCAGCCCCUAAAAAACAGACUGAGAAGACUAAAUGCAAAUCAUCUGUGUUUGACGCACUAGAUUCUGCUCUUAAAGAUAUCUGUGACCAAAUUAAAGCAGAAAAGAGAAGGGGAAGCUUGCCUGACAACAGUAUAUUACAUAGACUUAUUACUGAAUUGCUUCCAGACAUACCCGAAAGGAAUUCAUCUCUUAAAGCUCUUAGAAAAAGUCCCAUGCACCAGCCUUUUCAUCCACUGCCUCAAGAUGGUGCCAUUCAUUGUCCGCUGUACCAAAAUGAUUGUGGAAGACUACCUCUUAGUGCCUCUUUUCAAGACAUGGAUACAACCAACAACAACAAGCAAGACAAUGAUAGUGCACUGUGUUUCCAAGUAGACCAGGAGUCUCCUGGGAGCUAUUCUUCUGCUUUGACUGAUGCGGGUCGAUGUACUCCACGGGAGAGAAGAGGAAUUCCAGACAGAGAGAGGCUGCCAGCUCGAGCAGUAUAUGACUUUAAGGCUCAGACCUCUAAGGAACUGUCCUUUAAGAAAGGAGAUACUGUCUAUAUCCUCAGGAAAAUAGAUCAAAACUGGUAUGAGGGAGAACACUACGGAAGAGUUGGAAUUUUCCCAAUUUCUUAUGUUGAGAAACUUUCUCCCCCAGAAAAAGCACAGCCUGCCAGGCCACCUCCUCCAGCACAAGUUGGAGAGAUUGGAGAAGCUAUUGCCAAAUAUAAUUUCAGUGCAGACACAAAUGUGGAACUAUCAUUGAGAAAGGGAGACAGAGUAAUUCUUCUUAAGCGAGUUGAUCAAAACUGGUAUGAAGGUAAAAUACCAGGAACCAACAGACAAGGCAUCUUCCCUGUUUCCUAUGUAGAAGUCAUCAAAAAGAAUGCAUCAAAAGGUGCUGGUGACUACCCUGAUCCUCCAAUACCCCAAAGCUAUUCUAGUGAUAGAAUACACCAUUUAAGUUCAACUAAGCCACAGCGCCCUGUGUUUGCUCAUGAAAACAUACACAGUGGGGGGGAACCGUUUCAGGCUCUAUAUAACUAUACUCCUAGGAACGAAGAUGAACUGGAGCUCAGAGAGGGAGAUAUCAUUGAUGUGAUGGAAAAGUGUGAUGAUGGAUGGUUUGUGGGAACCUCAAGAAGAACCAAAUUCUUUGGUACUUUCCCUGGAAACUAUGUCAAGAGGCUGUGAAUUUUUUCCCCUACUUAUUUAUGCUGCAUCUCUGCAACACAUCUGCAUAAAGCUGCUAGAAAACAUGCUACAACAGGCCUUCUGUUUUCUUGCUUUGCAGUCUCAAAUAAAGGUCAUCUAGUUCAUCAUCAUCCCCAUCCUCAUCUGCCAAACCGUUCCAGCAGUAUUACAGCAACGACUACAGUGUGUGAAUAACUAAGCUUUUAUGAAACAAGAGGAAUCGUUUCAACAUUUAAGUACUUUUUCCUGUUUAGUCCCCUCCCCCCGCCCCCCCGCCCACCCAUUAGAAACAAAGGAAUAGGAAAACCUUGAUGGAAGGUACACAGGUGACUCUCCAUGGGAAAAUCUGCAUUGUUUAGGACAUUUGUGGUACUAGCAUUAAAUGCUAUGCAAAAUUUUGAUUCUCAGCUUCCACCUGGUACAAAGAGAAAGUUGCUGUUUACUUUAAAAAAAAUAAAAUAAAAAGUUGUGUCCACAUUCUUCUUAGCUUGGCAACCUAUGUUGCUUUCACUUUGCUGUAUCACAAGUUUGCCUAUUCUACUGGUUUACGAUAUAUGACAAUUAUAAUAUAGAUUUUUUUUUUGCCUGCACUUAUAUGUUGUAACAUAUGCACAGUGAUUGUAAAAUUUCAAGCAAGAGUAGUUAAAAUGGGGGAACUGCAAGUGUGUUGGAUGGGUGUGAUUGUAUUGGUUAAAUCUCAUUUUUUCCAAAUAAGCUAUAGUGCUUUCUGUUAAAACUAAAGAAGUGCAAGAGGCAUGAAAUCUUGAGAGUUUGUGGAUAAUGAUGAGACAAUGAGCUAUGAAGAUAGACAACAAUAGCGAACUACUGAUGUCUAACAUUACAUGACUAUAUCUAAAUUUAUUGUAAUAAUCAGCAACAUGAAAUUUGAGAGUUUAGUGUUUUUAUUUAUCAGAUGAAGCUUACAAAACAACAAUAAACAGUGUUAGUGCAACGUUGUAUUCUAACAUAGCCACCUGAAAAAAUAUGCACAGAUGUACUGAUUUUAUUUCACUAGAUAUAUAUGUAUACGUUAACAAAAUCUGAAUUCUUGUUUAGGAAUAUAGUACCACACAAAAACAGUCACAGCUAUUAAAACAGAUACAUUUUAGUAUUUUUUUCUGAAUGAAACAAAUAUCUGAACACGCCAUUCUUUUUCCUUAUGCAAAGGUAAGCAAAAUAUAAUAUAUGAAAUUACAAGACAGGAUGAUAAUAACUGUGGCUUUAUACAAAACCAUUCAAAUUUGGUUUCUUCAGCACCUUAUAGAUGGUAAAAGCUUCUAUUGCAUUUUUCUUGUGAUAAAGGGUUGAUCUUAUCACUAUGUAAGUAGUCUCUAGCAUUUUGUAUUUUUUUGUACAGAACCAUUUUGGUGUUGAUUUAAAAAAAAAAACAGAGUUCUUCAUUUGAUCUUUGCCCUUUUCAUAAUACAGAACAUCUUCAAUGCAUUUUUCUUUACUUGCCCCUCUUACCAUAAGCACACCUGAAUAGUGCAAUUCUGUAAAAUAGCAUUUUAUGCAAAAUUUUAUUAAUGGUUUUACUAGCCAAAUCUAAAUGUACAUAUGACUUUAUUACAGAAAAAUUUCAUUAAGACAAAGGUAAAGAAACAUCUUUGUGCAGCAUACCUUUAUUACUGCAAAUUUCAUGGCAAAAGCUUUAUAUUUCAAAGGCUUUCAAUUUUAAUUUAGAUCUGCAUGCAGCUUUGCUGUGAGAUUCAUACCUAUCUUUGAUGCCAUUUAUGAUGGAAGACAAAUAUCUGUUGCCUGUGAUAUUUAAAAAAGUACUGUUUCUACUCUGUAACUGAUUUUUAAAAAUACGAGUUUUUCAUACCUGGUAUUUCAGGUAAUUGACUUUAAAUUCUUAUAAGCAAAGGGUCUUUGUGUUUUUUCUUGAAUAGACUUCUAAUAAAUUCUGCUUGGAGUACACUUCA